AUGAAGUCUAUUCACCAAUUGGCCCGCCGGCAGGCAUUGACCGGCCUGGCAAUGCCCCGCGUCUUGUCUAAACAGAGCCUCGCAGCCAGCCGGACAUGGCAGCGAGCAUUCAGCGCCUCUGCGCCGGCUGCGUCACAACUCCCUGGUCUCGACCCUUCAAAGUUGACCAUCACAAAGACCACUACUCCCAAGGAACCUAUGGACUCCAAGGAUCUUGUCUUUGGAAAAUAUUUCACUGACCACAUGCUCUCCGUGGAGUGGACUGCCACCGAGGGAUGGCACGCGCCUCAGAUCGUUCCUUACCAGAACCUCAGCCUCGAUCCCUCCACCUGUGUCUUCCACUACGCAUUUGAAUGCUUUGAGGGAAUGAAGGCAUACAAGGACAGCAACGGCGGCAUCCGUCUCUUCCGCCCUAAUAAGAACAUGGAGCGUCUCAACAAGUCCUCCGCCCGUAUCGCCUUGCCCACCGUGGACGGUGACGCUCUGAUCAAGAUCAUUGGUGAAUUUGUCAAGACUGACAGCCGAUUCAUCCCCGACGCUCGCGGUUACUCUUUGUACCUGCGUCCCACCAUGAUUGGCACACAGAAGACUCUCGGAGUCGGCCCACCCGGCUCUGCUCUUUUGUUCGUGAUUGCCAGCCCUGUUGGUCCUUACUACCCCACUGGUUUCAAGGCCAUCUCAUUGGAGGCCACCGAUUACGCCGUCCGUGCCUGGCCCGGUGGUGUGGGAGACAAGAAGCUCGGAGCUAACUACGCUCCCUGCAUCUUGCCCCAGCUCGAGGCCGCCUCUCGUGGAUUCCAGCAGAACCUGUGGCUCUUCGGCGAAGAAGAGUAUGUCACCGAGGUGGGCACAAUGAACUUGUUCAUUGCCCUGAAGAACAAGGAGACCGGACAGAAGGAGCUUAUCACUGCUCCUCUCGACGGUACUAUCCUGGAAGGUGUCACUCGUGAUUCUGUCUUGACCCUUGCUCGCGAGAGACUUGAGCCUCUCGGCUGGGCCAUUAAAGAGCAGAAGAUCCGCAUGUCCGAGGUUGCCGAGGCUUCUGAGGAGGGUCGUAUGAUUGAAGUCUUCGGUGCAGGCACUGCUGCCAUUGUCAGCCCUGUCCGUAACAUCAGCUACCGCGGCAAGAUGGUUGAGUGUGGUUUGAAGGAGGAUGAGGAGGCUGGUGAGAUUGCUCUCCAGAUGAAGAACUGGAUUGAGGGUAUCCAGUACGGUGACGAGCAGAACCCUUGGAGUGUUGUGAUCUAA